AUGUCGAAGAAGAAGAUGGUCAUGGAAGAGGAGCCGGCGAACUGCUUGUCCUUGCCAGGCGAGUUUGUUCCCCUCCGGUUACACCGCGCUGAUUCUACAAAGUUCAGUUUUUACAUUUAA